AUGUUUCAUGAGUUAAAACUCGCUGAUCGAACGGUUAAGGGUGUUCGGGCAUCUGGCACCCCAACUCACUUUCGACCCCAUGAUGGUAUCUCCACCCAAGAGUUGAGAGAAAACUCUGCACAUCGUAGGCACCAAAAUUUCAGACCAAAAUCCGGGACAGGGUUCGGAACUAGUGGUCAGGAAGGCGGGGCAUAAGAGAUCGGCAAGCAGAAGGGAAGACAGAGCUGAGACAGCGCCCUAGAGGGAGGGAGCCGGGAGGAGCUGGGGAACGGUGGGGGCCACGGCUGGGAUCCGGGGGUAGCUGCUGCUACGGGACCAGGGGCGCGGAUCGGCAACGGAGCCUUAGCUCUUUGUCCCGAGCCGCCCGGGGUCCGAGAGGAUGGAGAGCCUGGCCUGGGAGUCAGGGAACCUGUCUUCGUGGGGCUCCGAGGGGGAAGGCAAAGCGCCCCAAACGGUCGAGGGCCCCCGGAGCAGCUGGGGCUGGGAGCGGAAUAUGGGGUCAAGACAUUUGGCAGCCGCGGGCGAGAGACAGGACAAGGACCAGGGUCUCUGUUAUGCUGGCGCCCAGAGGUCUCCUCUUGCAGGCUGACAGGGCCUUUGCGAAGAGAUAGUCUGUCACCAGAGGGUUUGUCCCCAGGGGUCCCAGGCCCGGAGAACAACCCUCCCUUCCCUUCGGACCUUCUGAUUCGGCCCCGUGGUUCUCAGCCUGUGUCCUCUCAGAGGAAUACUGGGAGAGGCUCCUCCCCAAAAGUGGGAACCACGCGCUGCUGCGGAGAACUGUGGGGACCAGGGCGCAGGGGUCAAAGCGAGAGAACAGCGACAUCCCGAGCGAGGAGGACAGGCCCCCGGUCGGACCGCCCUCCCGGGGCCGUGGGAUCUGGCCCCGGACUGGAUUCAGCACCUCGCACAGCGAGGACAGCUCCCGCGUCUGGUUCAGCACCGCGCGAGUCUCGGACAGCUCCCGAGCCGAAGCCCGAGCGCAUGCGCUCCCGAGGUCUCUUCCGCCUCCGCUUCCUCCCGCAGCGCCCCGGGCCGCGCCCCCCUGGGGCCCCGGCCCGGCCUGGAGCCUGGAGAGUACCCCUAGAGGGCCGGGCCCGCCCCCGUCGCGCCGCGAACCGCCAUCCACAGUUUCCGCAGUACAACUACCAGGCACUAGUGCCGGAGAAUGAGGCGGCGGGUACCGCGGUGCUACGCGUAGUGGCGCAGGACCCGGACACCGGAGAGGCUGGGCGCCUAGUCUACUCGCUGGCUGCGCUCAUGAACAGCCGCUCUCUGGACCUGUUCAGCAUCGAUCCGCAGAGCGGCCUUAUCCGCACAGAGGCUGCUCUGGACCGCGAGAGCAUGGAUCGCCACUACCUGCGCGUGACGGCGCAGGAUCAUGGCUCACCGCGCCUCUCUGCCACCACCAUGGUGGCCGUUACAGUGGCCGACCGCAAUGACCACGCGCCGGUAUUUGAGCAGGCGCAAUACCGGGAGACGCUUCGCGAGAACGUGGAAGAGGGCUACCCCAUCCUGCAGCUGCGUGCCACAGAUGGUGACGCUCCUCCCAACGCCAACCUGCGCUACCGCUUUGUGGGGCCGCCAGCUGCGCGCGCCGCCGCCGCUGAUGCCUUCGAAAUUGAUCCGCGCUCGGGCCUCAUCAGCACUAGCGGUCGCGUGGACCGCGAGCACAUGGAAAGUUACGAGCUGGUGGUGGAGGCCAGCGACCAGGGCCAAGAGCCCGGGCCGCGCUCCGCCACCGUGCGUGUGCACAUAACCGUGCUGGACGAGAAUGACAACGCGCCCCAGUUUAGCGAGAAACGCUACGUGGCACAGGUGCGCGAGGAUGUGCGCCCCCACACGGUGGUGCUACGCGUCACAGCCACGGACCGGGAUAAGGAUGCCAAUGGACUAGUGCACUACAACAUCAUCAGUGGUAACAGCCGCGGCCACUUUGCCAUUGACAGCCUUACAGGCGAGAUCCAGGUGGUGGCCCCUCUGGAUUUUGAAGCAGAGCGAGAGUAUGCCUUGCGCAUCCGGGCUCAGGAUGCAGGCCGCCCCCCGCUGUCCAACAACACCGGCCUGGCCAGCAUCCAGGUGGUGGACAUCAAUGACCAUACUCCUAUCUUUGUCAGCACACCCUUCCAGGUCUCUGUCCUGGAAAAUGCACCCCUGGGCCACUCAGUCAUCCACAUUCAGGCAGUGGAUGCAGACCAUGGAGAGAAUUCCAGACUGGAGUAUUCCCUAACUGGUGUGGCACCUGAUACACCCUUUGUGAUAAACAGUGCCACUGGCUGGGUCUCUGUGAGUGGCCCAUUGGACCGUGAGUCUGUAGAACAUUAUUUCUUUGGUGUGGAGGCCCGAGACCAUGGCUCGCCCCCACUCUCAGCCUCAGCCAGCGUUACAGUGACUGUGCUGGAUGUUAACGACAAUCGGCCUGAGUUCACCAUGAAGGAGUACCACCUCCGACUGAAUGAGGAUGCGACUGUGGGCACCAGUGUAGUCAGUGUGACUGCUGUAGACCGUGAUGCCAACAGUGCCAUCAGCUACCAGAUCACAGGAGGCAACACUCGGAAUCGCUUUGCUAUCAGCACCCAGGGGGGUAUAGGUCUGGUGACGCUGGCCCUGCCCCUGGACUACAAGCAGGAACGCUACUUCAAGCUGGUGCUAACUGCAUCUGACCGUGCCCUUCACGAUCACUGCUAUGUGCACAUCAACAUCACAGACGCCAACACUCAUCGACCUGUGUUUCAAAGUGCCCACUACUCAGUGAGUGUGAAUGAGGAUCGGCCAGUGGGUAGCACCGUGGUGGUCAUCAGUGCCUCUGACGAUGAUGUGGGUGAGAACGCUCGCAUCACUUAUCUCCUGGAAGACAACCUGCCCCAGUUCCGCAUUGACGCGGACUCAGGGGCCAUUACCCUGCAGGCCCCCCUGGACUAUGAAGACCAGGUGACUUACACACUGGCUAUUACAGCUCGGGACAAUGGCAUCCCACAGAAGGCAGACACUACUUAUGUGGAGGUGAUGGUCAAUGAUGUGAAUGAUAACGCUCCACAGUUUGUGGCCUCCCACUACACAGGGCUGGUCUCCGAGGAUGCCCCGCCUUUCACCAGCGUCCUGCAGAUCUCAGCCACUGACCGGGAUGCUCAUGCCAAUGGCCGGGUCCAGUACACUUUCCAGAAUGGGGAAGAUGGGGAUGGCGAUUUUACCAUUGAACCCACCUCUGGCAUUGUCCGCACUGUGAGGCGGCUGGAUCGGGAGGCAGUGCCAGUGUAUGAACUGACUGCCUACGCAGUGGACCGAGGUGUGCCCCCACUCCGGACUCCAGUUAGCAUCCAGGUGACAGUGCAGGAUGUCAAUGACAAUGCACCGGUCUUCCCAGCUGAGGAGUUUGAGGUGCGAGUGAAGGAGAACAGCAUUGUAGGCUCGGUGGUGGCCCAGAUCACUGCAGUGGAUCCGGAUGAAGGCCCCAAUGCUCAUAUAAUGUACCAGAUCGUGGAGGGGAACAUCCCCGAGCUGUUCCAAAUGGACAUCUUCUCGGGAGAGUUGACGGCACUCAUUGACCUGGACUACGAAGCUCGCCAGGAAUACGUAAUUGUUGUGCAGGCCACAUCAGCCCCUCUAGUCAGUCGGGCCACUGUACACGUCCGCUUGGUUGACCAGAAUGACAACAGCCCUGUGCUCAACAACUUCCAGAUCCUCUUCAACAACUACGUAUCCAACCACUCGGACACCUUCCCCUCAGGCAUCAUUGGGCGCAUCCCAGCUUAUGAUCCAGAUGUCUCUGACCACCUCUUCUACUCCUUUGAGCGGGGCAAUGAGCUGCAGCUGCUGGUGGUCAACCAGACCAGCGGGGAGCUCCGGCUCAGCCGCAAACUAGACAACAACCGCCCACUGGUGGCCUCCAUGUUGGUGACUGUCACAGAUGGGCUGCACAGUGUGACCGCCCAGUGCGUGCUUCGCGUGGUCAUCAUAACAGAGGAGCUGCUGGCCAACAGCCUGACCGUGCGCCUGGAGAACAUGUGGCAGGAACGCUUCCUGUCGCCGCUACUGGGCCACUUCCUGGAAGGUGUGGCUGCGGUACUUGCCACCCCCGCCGAGGACGUCUUCAUCUUCAACAUCCAGAACGACACGGACGUGGGGGGCACCGUGCUCAACGUGAGCUUCUCGGCACUGGCGCCCCGCGGGGCUGGAGCCGGCUCCGCGGGCCCCUGGUUCAGCUCCGAGGAGCUGCAGGAGCAGCUGUACGUGCGCCGCGCCGCCCUGGCCGCCCGCUCGCUGCUGGACGUGCUGCCCUUCGACGACAACGUGUGCCUGCGCGAGCCCUGCGAGAACUACAUGAAGUGCGUGUCGGUGCUGCGCUUUGACUCCUCUGCGCCCUUCCUGGCCUCCGCCUCUACGCUCUUUAGACCCAUCCAGCCCAUCGCAGGCCUGCGCUGCCGCUGCCCGCCCGGUUUCACGGGAGACUUCUGCGAGACGGAGCUCGACCUCUGCUACUCCAACCCCUGCCGCAACGGUGGCGCCUGUUCGCGGCGUGAGGGCGGCUACACCUGCGUUUGCCGGCCGCGCUUCACGGGCGAAGACUGCGAGCUGGACACGGAGGCCGGACGCUGCGUCCCGGGCGUCUGCCGCAACGGGGGCACCUGCGCCAACGGGCCGGACGGCGGCUUCCGCUGCCAGUGCCCGGCGGGCGGUGCCUUCGAGGGUCCGCGCUGCGAAGUGGCGGCGCGCUCCUUCCCGCCCAGCUCUUUCGUCAUGUUCCGCGGCCUUCGACAGCGCUUCCACCUCACGCUGUCCCUCUCGUUCGCCACGGUGCAGCCCAGUGGGCUGCUCUUCUACAACGGACGCCUGAACGAGAAGCACGACUUCCUGGCCCUGGAGCUCGUGGCUGGGCAAGUGAGGCUCACAUAUUCCACUGGUGAGUCCAACACAGUGGUCAGCCCCACGGUGCCAGGGGGCCUCAGUGACGGGCAGUGGCACACAGUGCACCUGAGAUACUACAACAAGCCCAGGACAGAUGCCCUGGGGGGUGCUCAGGGCCCCUCCAAGGACAAGGUGGCUGUGCUGAGCGUGGAUGACUGCGAUGCGGCUGUGGCUCUGCAGUUUGGGGCUGAGAUUGGCAACUACUCAUGCGCAGCUGCCGGCACGCAAACAAGCUCCAAGAAGUCCCUGGACCUGACAGGCCCUCUGCUCCUGGGGGGUGUCCCCAACCUUCCCGAGAACUUCCCCGUGUCCCACAAGGACUUCGUUGGCUGCAUGCGGGACCUGCAUAUCGAUGGCCGCCGAGUGGACAUGGCGUCCUUUGUCGCAAACAAUGGCACCGUGGCAGGCUGCCAGGCCAAGCUGCACUUUUGUGACUCGGGCCCCUGCAAGAACAACGGCAUCUGCUCAGAACGCUGGGGUGGCUUCAGCUGCGACUGCCCGGUGGGCUUCGGAGGCAAAGACUGUCGGCUCACUAUGGCCCAUCCCCACCAUUUUCGUGGCAACGGCACACUGAGCUGGGACUUUGGAAACGAUGUGGCCAUGUCUGUGCCCUGGUACCUGGGGCUGGCGUUUCGGACGCGGGUGAAGCAGGGGGUCCUGAUGCAAGUCCAGGCCGGGCCACAUAGCACACUCCUCUGUCAGCUGGAUCGGGGCUUGCUGUCUGUAACAGUGACCAGGGCCUCAGGCCGGGCUGCCCACCUCCUCCUGGACCAGGUGAUAGUCAGUGAUGGCCGGUGGCACGAUCUGCGGCUGGAGCUGCAGGAGGAGCCAGGUGGCCGGCGGGGCCACCAUGUCCUCAUGGUCUCCUUGGACUUCAGCCUCUUCCAGGACACUUUGGCGGUGGGGAGUGAGCUGCAGGGCCUGAAGGUAAAGCGACUCCAUGUGGGAGGCUUGCCCCAUGGCGCUGAAGAGGAGGCUCCUCAGGGUCUGGUUGGCUGUAUCCAGGGAGUAUGGCUUGGCUCCACGCCUUCGGGGUCCCCAGCCCUGCUUCCCCCAAGCCACCGACUGAAUGUGGAACCUGGCUGUGUCGUGACCGACGCCUGUGCCUCUGGGCCCUGCCCUCCCCAUGCUGACUGCCGAGACCUCUGGCAAACCUUUUCCUGUACCUGCUGGCCAGGUUACUAUGGCCCAGGCUGUGUGGACGCCUGCCUCUUGAACCCCUGUCAGAACCAGGGGUCAUGCCGGCAUCUCCCGGGGGCCCCCCAUGGCUAUACCUGCGACUGUGUAGGUGGCUAUUUCGGGCACCACUGUGAACACAGGAUGGACCAGCAGUGCCCACGGGGCUGGUGGGGGAGCCCGACGUGUGGCCCUUGCAACUGCGACGUUCACAAGGGCUUUGACCCCAACUGCAACAAGACAAAUGGACAGUGUCACUGCAAGGAGUUCCACUACCGACCGCGGGGCAGCGACUCAUGCCUGCCGUGCGACUGCUACCCAGUAGGCUCCACCUCACGUUCCUGUGCCCCCCACAGCGGGCAGUGCCCCUGUCGCCCAGGAGCCCUUGGCCGCCAGUGCAACAGCUGUGACAGUCCUUUUGCAGAGGUGACAGCCAGCGGCUGCCGGGUGCUCUAUGAUGCCUGCCCCAAGUCCCUGAGAUCCGGUGUGUGGUGGCCGCAGACCAAGUUUGGCGUCUUAGCCUCAGUGCCCUGUCCUCGGGGGGCCCUAGGUGCGGCCGUGCGGCUGUGCGACGAGGACCGGGGUUGGCUGGAGCCUGACCUCUUCAACUGUACCUCCCCGGCCUUCCGAGAACUCAAUCUGCUGCUGGAUGGUCUGGAGCUGAAUAAGACGGUCCUGGACACGGUGGAGGCCAAGAAGCUGGCUCAGAGGCUGCGGGAGGUGACCGGCCACACUGACCACUACUUCAGCCAGGACGUCCGAGUCACUGCCCGCCUGCUGGCCCACCUGCUGGCCUUUGAGAGCCGCCAGCAGGGCUUCGGGCUAACAGCCACACAGGAUGCCCACUUCAAUGAGAAUCUGCUGUGGGCUGGCUCUGCACUGCUCGCUCCAGAGACCGGGGACUUGUGGGCCGCGCUGGGGCAGCGGGCCCCCGGGGGCUCCCCAGGCAGCGCCGGGCUGGUACAGCGCCUGGAAGAGUACGCAGCCACGCUCGCAAGGAACAUGGAACUCACGUACCUGAACCCUGUGGGGCUGGUGACACCCAACAUCAUGCUCAGCAUCGACCGCAUGGAGCACCCCAGUCCCACCCGGGGGACCCGUCGCUACCCUCGUUACCACAGCAACCUUUUCCGGGGCCAGGAUGCCUGGGACCCUCACACACAUGUGCUGCUGUCUUCCCAGGCCCCACGGCCAUCCCCUGCUGAAGUUCUGUACCCCAGCGGCAGCAGCAUGGAAAAUGCCACCGCCUCGAGCGUGGCGCCCCCACCAGCCCCUCCAGAGCCCGAGCCCGAGCCCGGGAUCUCCAUUGUCAUCCUCCUGGUUUACCGCACCCUUGGGGGUCUGCUUCCUGCCCAGUUCCAGGCCGAGCGCCGGGGUGCCAGGGUUCCCCAGAACCCAGUUAUGAACUCCCCGGUGGUCAGCGUGGCUGUGUUCCAUGGACGCAACUUCCUACGGGGUGUCCUGGAGUCCCCAAUCAGCUUGGAGUUCCGCCUGCUACAGACAGCAAAUCGCAGCAAGGCCAUCUGCGUGCAGUGGGACCCACCUGGCCCGGCGGACCAGCACGGCUUGUGGACUGCACGGGACUGUGAGCUGGUGCACAGGAACGGGUCCCACGCACGGUGUCGCUGCAGCCGGACGGGCACCUUCGGGGUCCUCAUGGAUGCCUCCCCCCGUGAGCGGCUGGAGGGCGACCUGGAGCUGCUGGCGGUGUUCACCCACGUGGUCAUGGCGGUGUCCGUGGCCGCGCUGCUGCUGACCGCGGCCAUCCUGCUGAGCCUGCGCAGCCUCAAGUCCAACAUGCGGGGGAUCCAUGCCAACGUGGCUGCCGCCCUAGGGGUGGCUGAGCUCCUGUUCCUGCUGGGGAUCCACAGGACCCAAAACCAGGUGCAGGGGCCGCAUCAGGGGACCCGUGUCCUGCUGACCUCAUGUGGCCCAGGAAGGCGGGGGGGAUGCUCACUGCUGUGCACCGUGGUCGCCAUCCUCCUGCACUACUUCUUCCUGGGCACCUUCGCGUGGCUGCUCGUGCAAGGCUUGCACCUCUACCGCAUGCAGGUGGAGCCCCGCAACGUGGACCGCGGCGCCAUGCGCUUCUACCAUGCCCUGGGCUGGGGAGUGCCUGCCGUGCUGCUGGGCCUGGCCGUUGGCCUGGAUCCUGAGGGCUACGGGAACCCUGACUUCUGCUGGAUCUCGAUCCAUGAGCCCCUCAUCUGGAGCUUCGCCGGCCCUGUCAUCCUUGUGCUUGUGAUGAAUGGGACCAUGUUUCUCCUCGCGGCCCGCAUGUCCUGCUCCACUGGGCAGAGGGAGGCCAAGAAGACCUCUGUGCUGACCCUUCGCAGCUCUUUUCUGCUCCUUCUACUGAUCAGUGCCUCCUGGCUCUUUGGCCUCCUGGCGGUCAACCACAGCAUCCUGGCCUUUCACUACCUCCACGCUGGACUCUGUGGGCUCCAGGGCCUGGUGGUAUUGCUGCUCUUCUGUGUCCUGAACGCAGACGCCCGGGCUGCCUGGACACCAGCCUGUCUGGGCAGGAAGGCAGCGCCCGAGGAGGCCAGGCCGGCGCCUGGGACGGGGCCUGGUGCCUACAACAACACGGCCCUCUUUGAGGAGAGCGGCCUCAUCCGCAUCACGCUCGGUGCCUCCACCGUCUCCUCGGUGAGCAGCGCCCGGUCCGGCCGGACCCAGGACCAAGACAGCCAGCGGGGCCGCAGCUACCUCAGGGACAACGUCCUGGUCCGACACGGCUCGGCUGCAGACCACACCGACCAUGGCCUCCAGGCUCACGCUGGCCCCACUGACCUGGACGUGGCCAUGUUCCAUCGAGAUGCUGGCGCAGACUCCGACUCUGACAGCGACCUGUCCUUGGAGGAGGAGAGAAGUCUGUCCAUCCCAUCCUCAGAAAGUGAGGACAAUGGCCGGACGCGGGGCCGUUUCCAGCGUCCACUCCGCCGGGCAGCCCAGAGCGAGAGGCUCCUUACCCACCCCAAAGACGUGGAUGGCAAUGACCUCCUGUCCUACUGGCCAGCCCUGGGGGAGUGCGAGGCUGCUCCCUGCGCUCUGCAGACCUGGGGCUCUGAAAGGCGCCUGGGGCUGGACACCAGCAAGGACGCAGCCAACAACAACCAGCCCGACCUGGCCCUGACCAGUGGGGAUGAAACCUCCUUGGGUGGGGCCCAGCGCCAGAGAAAAGGCAUCCUGAAGAACCGGCUGCAGUACCCACUGGUGCCACAGACCCGGGGUGCCCCUGAAUUGUCCUGGUGCCGUGCAGCCACCUUGGGCCACCGCGCCGUGCCGGCUGCCUCCUACGGUCGCAUCUGUGCUGGGGGCACCGGCAGCCUGUCACAGCCCGCCAGCCGCUACUCUUCCCGAGAACAGCUGGAUUUGCUCCUGCGGCGGCAGCUGAGCCGCGAGCGGCUGGAGGAGGCCCCCGCCCCGGUCCUGCGUCCCCUGAGCCGGCCUGGUUCCCAGGAACGCCUGGACGCCAUGCCAGGCUGCCCGGAGCCCAGGGAUCGGGGAAGCACCCUACCACGGCGGCAGCCACCCAGGGACCACCCUGGUGCCACAGCGGGCCGCUUCGGGUCACGGGAUGCGCUGGACCGAGGGGCACCCUGCGAGUGGCUGAGCACGUUGCCCCUGCCCCGUGGUGCCCGGGACCUUGACCCACAGCCCCCGCCUCUGCCCCUGUCUCCCCAGCGGCAACUCUCAAGGGACCCCCUCUUGCCAUCCCGGCCCCUGGACUCUCUGUCCAAGCGAUCGAACUCAGGGGAGCGGCUGGACCACACACCUAGCCGGCACCCCUCACGAGAAGGCCUUGGGCCACCCCCGCAGCUGCUCAGAGUCCGGGAAGUGCCCACCAGCAGCCCUAGCCACGGGCCCUCCACAGAGCAGCUGGACAUCCUCUCCUCCAUCCUUGCCUCCUUCACCUCCUCGGCUCUCUCCUCCUCCGUGCAGUCCUCAGGCACGCCCUCGGGCCCUCACACCACCGCCACCCCUUCUGCCACUGCCUCUGCGCUCGGACCCUCCACGCCACGCUCCACCACCUCCCACAGCAUCUCAGAGCUGUCGCCCGACUCAGAAGAGAGGGACACGCAGGCACUGCUGUCCAGGACACAGGCCAUGGAGCUGAGGCGGCGAGACUACCGUGUGGAGCGGCUGCUGCUGAACCAAGAACAGCUGGAAGAGCUGGGGAGCCGGAGCCCGGCACCAGUGACGCUCCAGUGGCGAACCUGGUUUCGGUGCUCCCGUGCGCGGGCCCAAGCCCUUCUGCUUCAAUACCUCCCGGUUUUGGCCUGGCUCCCCCAGUAUUCUGUGCGUGACUGGCUUCUGGGUGACUUGUUGUCUGGCCUGAGUGUGGCCAUUAUGCAGCUACCACAGGGCCUGGCCUAUGCCCUCCUGGCUGGACUGCCCCCUGUGUAUGGCCUCUACAGCUCCUUCUAUCCUGUCUUUGUUUAUUUCCUGUUUGGCACUUCCCGGCACAUCUCUGUGGGCACCUUUGCCGUCAUGUCCGUGAUGGUGGGCAGUGUGAUGGAAUCGCUGGCUCCGGACGACGCCUUCCUGCUGGGCUUGAACUCCACAGUCAAUGUGACAGCCAGGGACGACACCCGGGUGCAGCUGGCCUCUACUCUCAGUGUCCUCGUUGGCCUCUUCCAGGUGGGGCUGGGCAUGGUCCACUUCGGCUUCGUGGUCACCUACCUAUCAGAGCCUCUGGUCCGAGCCUACACCACGGCCGCAUCUGUGCACGUGUUUAUCUCGCAACUCAAGUAUGUGUUUGGCCUCCACCUAAGCAGCCGCUCUGGACCGCUGUCCCUCAUCUAUACAGUACUGGAGGUCUGCUGGAAGCUGCCCCAGACGGUGGUCGGUACCGUGAUCACCGCCAUCGUGGCGGGAGUGGUGCUCAUGCUGGUGAAGCUGCUGAAUGAAAAGCUACGGCGACAUCUGCCCAUGCCACUCCCUGGGGAGCUGCUCACGCUCAUCGGGGCCACAGGCAUCUCCUACGGCGUGGGCCUGCAGCAGGCAUUUGGGGUGGACAUCGUGGGCAAAAUCCCCGCAGGGCUGGUGCCCCCGAAGGCCCCCCACCCCCAGCUGUUCGCAAAGCUUCUGGGCAAUGCCUUCGCCAUCGCUGUGGUCGGGUUCGCCAUCGCCAUCUCGCUGGGCAAGAUCUUCGCCUUGAGGCACGGCUACCGGGUGUACAGCAACCAGGAGCUGGUGGCUCUCGGCCUCAGUAACCUCCUUGGGGGCAUCUUCCAGUGCUUCCCUGUGAGCUGCUCUAUGUCUCGGAGCCUGGUGCAGGAGAGCACCGGGGGCAACACCCAGGUGGCUGGAGCCAUCUCCUCCUUCUUCAUCCUCAUUAUCAUCGUCAAACUGGGAGAACUCUUCCAAGACCUGCCCAAGGCGGUCCUGGCCGCCGUGGUCAUCGUGAACUUGAAGGGUAUGGUGAUGCAGUUCACCGACGUGUUCUCCCUCUGGAAGGCCAAUCGAAUGGAUCUGCUCAUCUGGGUGGUGACCUUUGUGGCCACCAUCCUGCUGAAUCUGGACCUCGGCCUGGCAGUGGCAGUAGUAUUCUCCCUGAUGCUAGUAGUGGUCCGCACCCAGAUGCCCCACUACUCUGUCCUGGGGCAGGUGCCAGACACAGAUAUUUACAGAGACCUGGCAGAGUACUCAGGGGCCAGGGAGGUCCCAGGCGUGAAGGUCUUCCGUUCCUCAGCCACCGUGUACUUUGCCAACGCCGAGCUCUACAGUGACUCAUUGAAGCAGAGGUGCGGUGUGGAUGUGGACUACCUCCUCUCCCAGAAGAAGAAGCUGCUCCGGAAGCAAGAGCUGAAGCUGAAGCGACUGCAGAAGGAGAAUAAGCUCCCCAAACAGGCUGCUGCCUCCAAGGGCACGUCCAUCUCCAUCAAUGUCAACACUACUGUUGUGGACAUCGAGAGCAACAACGAUGUGGAGGGCUCCAAGGCCAAGGAGGCGAGCGCAGGGACUGAGCUAGAGGAAACAGGAGCCUGGGCUCCAGAAGAUGCCAAAGCCUCAGACAUGUCCUCGCUGAAGGCCCUAGGCCUGCCUCAGCCAGAUUUCCACACCCUCAUCCUGGACCUGAGCUCCUUCUCCUUCGUGGACACUGUGUGUCUCAAGAGCCUGAAGAAUAUUUUCCGUGACUUCCGGGAGAUCGAGGUGGAGGUGUACAUGGCCGCCUGCCACGCUCCCGUGAUCACACAGCUUGAGGAUGGGCACUUCUUCGAUGCUUCUAUCACCAAGCAGCAUCUGUUUGCCUCGGUCCAUGACGCUGUCCUCUUUGCACUCCAACAGCGGAGGUCCGGCCCCGUCGACCCUGUUUUGGUUACCAAACUCUGACCAUGCUGCCAUUCCGCCUGAGACUGCCUGCCUCUGCAGGUUUGACAGGGUACCUGUGAGAAACCCCACAACCCUGGGCUGCCUCCGGACGUCAACCAGGAGUCCCCUCCGUGCACGCACACUCACACACAUAACUCAGGGAUGGAGGUCCUGGGGCUCCAAGUUCAGUGCUCUAGGCUGGGGAUGAGACACUGGCCAAGUUGGAGGAGC